AUGACGGGCACCGAUCCGAAGAUCAGCACUAGCAACCUCGACCGUAUUCGCCAGCUUUGUUCCGAAAUUCGGUGCUUUGAGACGCACGCGGUGCCCAUUUCGGACGCUGGCUUCCACGGUCCAGGCCAGAAGCGUCUUCUCGCCUCUCUGGACAGUUACCAGCCCGGCACACCUCGCACACCUCGCACUUGCCGCGACCAAGUUGCCGCAAGCCAAGCCUGCACUCACCCCCUUCCUCGCUUCUCUUACGAGCCAGUGGCUCUCGGUGACCACGCGAAACGCCUUUGCACUGAUGACCGCGAAAGGAGGUUGAGGAGAUUCUACAGGAGAUAG